UGUGUGUGUAAAUAGAAGCUCCCCAUUCGGUGGUGUAUUGAGGUGGAGUUGUGAACUUGUGCGAAAGAAAGAAACCCGGUUGCCGGACAGCAUCAUCGGCGAUGAUGAUGAUGAGGAUGAGGAGGAGGAGGAGGCUUCCAUUGGCGGCUCUUCGCCAAAGCUGUUCGGGAUCCCCUACUUCCCUCAGCUUCCGUUUCAUAUCCUCCUCUCAUUCCUCCACCACCACCAAAACUGUCCCCCUUCUCUGGACCACCACCGCCGCCGCCGCCGCCACCACCGACCCCAACGACGCAGUCACAGUCCAACUUCUCUCAUGGGGCCGUGGUUCCUCCGGCCAACUCGGCGGCGGCAUCGAAGAACUCCGCCUCUACCCUACCCCUGUCGCCUCCCUCCUCCUCCCUCCCUCUUUCCGCCUUUCCCUCCCCAUCCCCGGCCGCCUAUCUCCUCCCCUAAACCACCACCAAAACCCUAAUUCUUCUGAUCCAGUUGAUGUCUCCAUUUCUUGCGGCCUUUUCCAUUCCGCAUUGUUAGUCAAUCGCAAGCUCUGGAUUUGGGGCAAAGGCGAUGGCGGCCGCCUCGGACUCGGCCACGAGAACCCAUCUUUCGUCCCCACUCUAAACCCUAAUUUAGAUUCCCUCCAAAGCAUUGCCCUUGGCGGCCUUCAUUCCGUCGCUCUCAACUCUCUUGGCCAAGUCUUCACUUGGGGUUAUGGUGGUUUUGGAGCUUUAGGGCACUCUGUUUAUCAUAGAGAAUUGUUACCCAGAUUGGUAAAUGGUUCUUGGGAUGGAAAAAUUAGUCACAUUGCAACUAGUGGGACACAUACAGCUGCAAUCACUGAGUCUGGUGAGCUUUAUACAUGGGGUAGAGAUGAAGGAGAUGGUAGACUUGGACUCGGUCCUAGUCGUGGCCCCGAUCAGGCUGGUGGUUUAAGCAUUCCUUCUAAAGUAGCAGCAUUGCCUGUACCUGUGGCUGCUGUUUCCUGUGGUGGGUUUUUUACCGUGGCUCUCACGGAGGAGGGACAGAUUUGGAAUUGGGGUGCAAACUCCAAUUAUGAGCUUGGAAGAGGUGAUAAGUUUGGUGGGUGGAAACCAAAACCGAUUCCUAGCCUUGAAGAUACUCAUAUCAUUCAGAUAGCAACUGGUGGAUAUCACUCUCUUGCUUUGACUGAUGAAGGUAAAGUCCUUUCGUGGGGUCAUGGUGGGCAUGGUCAGUUGGGUCAUUAUUCUAUUGAAAACCAGAAAAUUCCUGUACUUGUUGAGGCUUUAGCUGAUGAAAGGGUUAUCUAUAUUGCUUGUGGAGGUUCAUCAUCGGCAGCUGUAACUGAUAAAGGGAAGUUGUACAUGUGGGGAAAUGCUAAGGAUUCACAAUUAGGUCUACCUGGGCUGCCAGAGGUACAACCAUUUCCAGUUGAAGUUCUGUUUCUAAUGGAUGAUGAUGGUCUCGGGAUUCAUAACGUACUCUGUGUUGCGGUUGGUGCUUCUCAUGCAAUGUGCUUGGUUUCAAGGUUAGGUUGCCAAGGAAUGUAGUAGGUUUGUGGAUCUGGUCUCAUAUGUAACGAGACAAGGAACAAAUGAGAUUUUCCAGAAACAGCUCAAAUAGAGUGAAGUAAAAUAGUCAAUCUGGAAUGUUUUUUGCAAUAGAGAAUUUGACUUCAAAAUAUAGGAGAACAAAGCAGAUUCUUAGGUGUGACAGAUUGCUGGCUUUACAUCUUCCAUGACAUAGUGCAUUGUGGAAUGUCUUACUGAUCUUUGUCUCUCUGUGGCUGACUCAAGUUGCGCAGCUGCAGGUCCGACUUUGUUGAGCUGCUACAACCUACAACUGUGGCUGGCUAAAUGGAUCAGGACAUUUGGCUAAAUGGAUCGGGACAUUUGGUCAAAUGGAUUGCGUUGGAUGAUAGCAGUUCCAGAUGUUGUAAACUACAUGCAAGUUCUGUUUAUCUCUCAAGUAAAGCCCUCAAAAAUUGCAUCUCAUUCCUUUGUCUUGUAACAGUGAAAGCAUUUGGUUAUUCAAUGUUAAAAAGAAAAUAGUAAAAACUAACAAGGAUGUUAAUGUUCUCAUGGAAAUGCAAUUUUAAGAAACCUGGAUUGCGAUCAA